GCCUUAUCUCUACGUCCCAAAACCCAAAAGCACACAAUAUUUCAGAGACUCGAGACUCGAGAGAGAGAGAGCUCAAGAAGAAGAAGACGAACAAUGUUGGGCGCAAUCUCCAUAGCUCCACCUUCCACAGUUGCCUUACCCCCAAAGCUCCUCUCCCCCAUCCCCAAGUCCUCCUUCAACGGCCUCAGACUCCAACACGUCUGCCCCGUCGGCAUUCGCCUCCCCACGGCGUCGUUUCGGAGGUCCAGCUCGCCGUCUUCCUCCGUGGUUAUGAUGGCCAAGAGAGAGGAAGAGAUGAAGGAAAUCAGAACCAAGACCACUGAAGAAAUCAACGAGGAGGUGGUCGACCUUAAAGGAGAGCUCUUCAUGCUUCGCCUCCAGAAAUCGGCUCGGAAUGAGUUCACAUCCAGCGAGUUCCGGCGUAUGCGCAAAAGGAUUGCUCGCUUGCUUACUGUUAAACGGGAAAGAGAGAUCGAGGAUGGAAUUGGUAAGAGGUUAUCAAGAAAGUUUGACCGACAAUGGAAGAGAAGCAUCAUUGUCAGACCACCUCCGUCCUUGAAGAAGUUGCAAGAGGAAGAAGCAGCUGCAGAAGCCGCAGAAGCUGCAAAAUCUGCUUGAGUUGUAUGUAUUCAGCGAAUACCAUGUAGUCUACCUAUGCAAAUUAGAAAUAUGAGAAUUUCUUGGCUUAAAUCGUUCAAUUCCUCCAGACAAUUUGUGUAUAAUCUGUUGUUAUCGGUAGGGUAAUGUGGUAUUUUCCUCUCAA